ACGUGAGGCGACGACUUAUUUGCCCCAACGCCUCGCGCGGGGAGACAAGUCUUCUUUGUGGCAAUCUCAUCGCCAUUUAAUGGCGGACGGUCGCCAUCUCUUCUUCGUCACCGACGAUCUAUCGACCCACUUGUCCGCUCCGGCCUCCUCCUGGUCCUCUCCCUCCGCUUCCCGUACCCCCACUGCUGUCCCGGACUCCUUCGUCCCCGUCUUCUCGUCCGGCCCCUCGUUCCGAGACCCAGAUUCCGACUCUAGCUCCGGCCAUUCCGACUACUCUGACGACGACCAUUCCAUCCUCUCCCUUGACCUCUUCCGCCGCCGCCGCCUUCGCCACCAGAAACCGUCCUUCGUCUCCGGCACUGCCAUGGACCACCACUUCCCGGAGCCCUUCGGUUCCCCCGUCUUUAGGGUUUCUGAGGGACCCGAGGAGAUUGGCACCCCUGCCUGCCUCGGCGUUGGGCUUAGGCCACGGUUCGACAGGGAAGAAGAUGACGACAACGCUCCGGAGGAUGCAGACAGGGAGGUGGUUGUUCCGGAUUGGGCAACGGACGACUUCUUCGUCGGGAGGAGGAGCUCCCCUUCCGAUUCGAUCGAGUUCUCGAGGGCUCGGCCAAUGGAUUCCUGGGAUCUUAGGGUUGCCGGAUUCGACUCUGAUUCAGAUUCGGAUGAGCAGAUCGUGGCGAUGGGCAACGAACAGAUUGUUGCGAUCGGCAUGAAUUCCGAUGACGGCGAGGAACGGUACAGGAUCUCCGACGAUUUAGGUCUCCCUUUCUGUUGGGAAGGCCUCCAACUGGGUGACGACCGGAGGGAUGACAACGAGGGGUUCGAGUGGGAGGAGAUCGAUCGUCAGGACGAAGAAAGGGAUGUUCUUGGUAUUAUGGUUCUUGGCAACGAGGGGAGAUCUGAUGAGACUAGACGAUACAGUGAUGAUCAAGUUGAGCAUGAGCAUGAAGGAUUGGUCAGAAACGUUGAUUGGGAGGUCCUUUUGGCCGUGAACAAUUUGGGAAGGAUCCCUUUGGAUCCUGAUGAUGUCGAACCCUAUUUUGAGGAUCAAGACGGCCUUGUCUAUACAUCUGAUUACGAGUCCUUCGAGGUCUUGUUCACGCAAUUCAGCGAGCAGGAUAGCAAUCCCAAGGGUAGCCCUCCAGCGGCGAAGUCCGUGGUCGAGAACCUCCCAUCUGUUGUCUUGAUGAAAGAAGACACUGCUGAUGUUGAUACAGUUUGUGCGGUUUGUAAGGAUGGGAUUCUGAAUGAGGAAAGAGUUAAGAGGCUGCCGUGUUUCCACCAUUAUCACGAGGAAUGCAUCUUGCCAUGGCUGGGGAUCCGCAACACCUGCCCCCUCUGUAGAUUCGAGUUGCCAACAGACGAUCCUGAAUACGAGAAGCAGAAGGCAAGGAGGGAAGAUGCGAGUGUUAUCCUGCAUAAUGAAGCUCGGCUCAGGUAUGAUUUUGAAAUGUUACCUGAAGCUGACAACCUCUAGGCAAAGCAGUUCUAUCUUAUAUGCACGCUAGGUUAUGGUUGACUUCUAUUCUGAUGUUGUUGUGUUGAUCUAUAACAUUUUUUUUUGGGUUAUAGAACAGCCCUCAUAUUGAUGAGGUUUUGUUAGAGUUGUGUCAGCUGUUCAUUUGGGAAUUGGUUCAUGAUGCUACUGUAUAUUGACAACAAUCUGAAGAAAUAUGGCUUG